UUUCUGGCUAUGCAUCCAGGCAGGUCUGUCAAAGGAAGGAAGGAAAAAAAAGAAACCCAGAAAAUAUCAGAUAAACAUGUGGAAAUGAAGAAUUUUGCAUCAGCCCAGUUAAGAAUUAAAAUGGCACCAUAUAUAUGUGAAAAGGACCCUGUUCACAAAUUCAUAAAUGGUAAAGAGCUAAGGGCAUCAGUGUAGCGUUGAAACCGUACCUCGACAUUUAUAAGUCUUGCCAGAGCAAAUUUUGAGUGGCAGUUGGAAAAGAAAAACAGUUAAAAAGAGAGGGAAAAGAAAUGUUGAGUUGUUGGAGGUUUACACUCACACCUUCAACUGUAAAUAGAAGAUACAAAAAUGGGCUUUCUUGCAAAGCUGCUGAAACCCAACAAAUUCAUGUCAAUAAUAGAGACUACAAACACAGCAACAAGAAAAAGAAAGUAGUCAUUGUUGGCUCUGGCUGGGCUGGCCUUGGUGCUGCUCAUCACCUUUGUAACCAGGGUUUUAAUGUUACUGUUCUUGAAGAUGAUGUUUUUGGCAGUCCAGAUGAUGUUGGUAUUCAAGGUUUUUGGAAUCCGUAUCAAAAUAUAUUUAGCCUUGUCAAUGAAUUGGGCAUAACACCCUUCACUAAUAGAAUUCGGUCGGCACUUUAUUCCUCAGAAGGAUUGGAGGUCGAAUUUCCAGUAUUCCAAGAUCAGCCUCAACUGCCUACCCCACUAGGAACCUUAUACUAUACUCAGUUCACAAGGCUCCCAUUGGUGGACCGGUUAACGUCCCUUCCUCUAAUGGCUGCUGUAAUUGAUUUUGACAACACAGACACAGCUUGGAGAAAAUAUGAUUCAAUUACUGCGAGGGAACUCUUUAAACAGUUUGGCUGCUCAGAAAAGCUGUAUCGGAAUGUGUUUGGUCCAUUGCUUCAAGUCGGUUUAUUUGCCCCAGCAGAGCAAUGUAGUGCGGCUGCAACACUUGGAAUACUAUAUUAUAUCUCCCUUGCUCAUCAGAAAGAUUUUGAUAUGGUAUGGUGCCGUGGGACCAUCAGAGAAAAGAUUUUCAGUCCAUGGAUGGACUCGCUGAGGACCAAAGGCUGUCGAUUUCUGGAUGGUGAAAAAGUGAUAGAUUUCAUCAUUAAUGAAGAAACAAGUUGCAUUGAAGAAGUGGUUUGUAGCAAUGAGACCAUCAAUGCUGAUGCAGUAAUUUUGGCUGUUGGGAUCUCCAAAGUUCAAGAACUUGUUAAGAAUAGUGCAGCAUUAUCUACACGGGAGGAGUUUCUGAAAGUGUUGAACCUGGCUGGCAUUGACAUCCUCACCUGUAAACUUCAGCUUGACAGAAAGGUCAACCUUGCCCAUGCAAGCAAUGCUUGCUCUGGAUUUGAUGACUCAUUUUCUUGGACCUUUUUUGACCUGAAUGCACUUCACGAUGAGCAUAAAGACAAUCAGGUGACAACACUACAGGCUGAUUUUUAUCAUGCCAAUGAGUUGUUACCACUUACAGAUGAACUUGUAGUCACAAAAACGAUGUCUUAUCUCUCAAAAUGCAUUAAAGACUUUGAGAAUGCUGUGGUGAUUGAUAAGGAGAUCUCGAGAUUUCCAAAAUCCUUGACUCACUUCUUUCCAGAUUCAAGUCUGGUCUCCACAAGCAUCAAGUCUACUCAUCCAAUUUCUGUAUUAGUUUCUUAUAUCGUAUGCUAUUUGUCUCUCCAAGGUUCAUACAAACAUAUGAUGCGCGGGUCUACAUCUUUCCCAAACUUGUUCAUGGCUGGUGAUUGGAUUAUAACCCGGCAUGGAUCAUGGUCACAGGAAAAGUCUUAUGUUACCGGAUUGGAGGCUGCAAACCGGGUAGUAGACUUUCUUGAAGAAGGAAGCUUUGCGAAAAUAAUAGCAGUGGAGGAAGAUGAGCCUCAUGUUCAAGCUCUUCGGAGUGUUAACAGAAGAUUCAAUGAGAUCAGCGAUCAAAUUCCUUUAUUUGGUUACUUCCUCUAGAGUCCUGCUACUUGAAUUUCUGCUGUAAAUGCAUUGCACCCUCUCAAAGUUUUAAGCCAAUGCUGAAUCUCCAACCCUUUUACUGCGAUUUUACUACACUCAUUGAACACAAAUGAUAGGCCUUCUUCCCUCAAGGAGCUGGCAUAUGUAUGUAUCUAUCUAUAGUGUGCAAAUACAAGCAAUUUUAUUAUUUUGUAGCACAAGAUUCAAAUGUAAAAUUAUAUAGUAUUUAAAAUAUUUUUAAUGGAAAUUCCAAAAUCUAUUAUAUC